GCUCUAUACAAGUAUUGAUUUAUAAAAGGUGCAUUUAACAUAUUUAAUUGUGGAUAUUGCAUUGUAAUGACAAUAAGUACGACAUUUAGUACAAAUCUGAAAAGUGUUUUAAGUGUUGCACUUUUCCUCUAGAGAUGAAAUAGGACAUAUUUUCCAUGUUAAUACAAACUCCAGCUGUAACCAGACAGGGCUUCAGUUUGAUUAUUUGUUAGGUUGUUUAAGUAACCUAUUAAGUCUUCUAGUUUCAUUUGUUUAGCUUGCAUCAUCUUUCCAUAUUUUAUAUGCAAAUCAAAUUCAAACAGCCUUUUGUAUUCUCAGCCAGUAUGUAUUAAAGGCAGCAGUACCCUCACAUCUCAGUGUUGACAUGUCCACUCUGCAUAUAGUGACUGCACCUGCUCAUGGUCCUACUCUCUAUUCACCUACCCACAACUACUAGAACAACUACAGCAUGGUGCUUGAUUGUACCAAGAUCAAGGAUGUCCUGGAGAGGUACUACCUGUCACCAUUUUAUGCCGUCGAGUUCUGCGUUGGUUUCCCUGGCAACCUUUUGGUUGUACUUGGCUAUAUAUUUUGUUUGCAGGAGUGGCAGAGCUGCAAUAUUUACCUCUUCAACCUGGCAGUCUCUGACCUUAUUUUCCUCUGCACACUUCCACGCCUCUCGUACCUCUAUGCAAAUGACCUACCAGAGAAGAGUCCCUAUGGUUGCGUUAUCAACCGCUAUGUCCUGCAUGUCAAUCUUUACUCAUCCAUACUGUUUAUGGUUUGGGUUAGCAUGGACCGUUUCCUGCUCAUAAGACAUCCAACACGUAACCACUGCCUGUUGAGGCCGAAAAUAGCCAUGAUCGUGUCAGGGCUGAGCUGGCUAGCUGUUAAUUUGGAAGUUGCUCCGAUGAUAUCACUGAUGGUCCAUGACCUUCAGAGAGGAAACUGGAGUAGCUGCAAGGAUUUUGCCAGCUUGAAAGGAGAGGUCCAUACAUUGGGCUACAGCCUAGGGCUUACCCUCACUGGUUACGCUCUCCCUUUGCUUGGACUGUGUGGUUUCUCGUAUCAAAUUGCACAUUUGCUCCAUAUCCAGGAAAGGGCCAUACAGCGCCGGACAACCACGUACAAGCGUCCUCUCAGGGUUGCUGUAUCGGCCGCUAUCAUGUUUCUGCUUCUCUACACACCCUACCAUGUGUUGAGAAAUAUCCGAAUAGCAUCUCAGCACGACUGGACAGGGUUGCAGCUUUGCACAAGGAUGAGCAUAGAGAGCCUGUACAUCAUCACAAGACCAUUUGCCUUCUUGCACAGUGUCAUCAACCCUGUCUUUUACUUCCUCAUGGGGGACAAAUUCAAAAAGCUCCUAUUGGCUAAGCUCAGGAAGCUGAUCAGAAAGACAGAGCAGCAAAGAGAACCAGCCUGAAAAAAUUCAACAUAGUGUCCCUAAAUAAAAGAAACAUCAAUAUAGCAAAUCCAAACAUGUGAAUCAGCUCCUUCUUUACGUUGUUACGACCCUGGGUCGUUAUGUGUAUUGUGUGCAGAUUUUCUUCCUCCUUCUGUGUUUGUGUGGCUGCGUGUGAUUGAACAGGUGGUGUCCGGUUGCUGAUUGGCUGCCCUCGACAGGCUGAUUGGUCCACCUGAGGAGACCGGAGCAUUUAAGCUGCAGCCAUGCAGUUUCUCGGUCUCUCUGACUCAACUUCUCCUACUCCCAAUGCGGCGCAUGUUUAGAUAUUUUGUCCUGUGGUGCUAUGUUGCAGUCACAUUAAAACAGUUACUAAAUCAGCCUAUUAUCACCUAAAGAAUAUAUCUAGGAUUAAAAGACUAAUGUCACAGCAGGAUUUGGAAAAACUUGUCCAUGCUUUUAUCUUCAGUA